AUGAUGGCAUGGGCAUGUGUGGUCGCAGAACGCCUCGGCUUCUCAAGAGAAGAGGCCCUCAGUGUAGCCUCUGUUUAUACGGAGAUGAACGCCAUAACGAGAGGCGUUACGCUUGGCCUGUAUGCCGACGGAAAGCAAAAGGGCAUGGAAGCCAGCCGCACGGGCAAUCAACCAUACGUUGAGCUCAUGGGCCGUCGAGAACCUCCCUUCUUCACACCCCCUUAUGGUGUACUGAGGAGCUCACCACUGUUUUUGCGCUCCGCGGCCGCACUGGACGCGCAAAUGGCAACCCGCAACCUCGCACUCCUGUCUGACUCGGCGAUCCAGCAUACCGCAGACGGCCACUGGCGGGCCCUCGGCCCCACAGGCGGCCCCGCCCCGCCCGCCGCCGCCUUCUCCUACAUCUCCCGCGCGCUGCGCCAGACCCGCCCCGCCAUCCUCGGCGCACUGCGCCUCCUCGCGGCCUCCCUCUCCCCACGGAGCUCAACGCGCGUGGCGGGGACCUCUACCGCGACUUCCGGCCCGCCGGGGGGGCUGGGGCGAGCGCGGGGAAGUCCGGUGCGCGACGAUCCUCGGCCUGCGCAGUGGGGCCGCGGACCCGGGGGAGACGGAGCGGCCUCGGAGGCUCGGCGUGCGCACGGCAACGAGUUCGUCAAGCGGGACCCUGGGUCAAGGACGAUCUCAGGGGGGUCAUCUGCGGGGCGGACGUCGACCCCGCCCUUGUCGGAGGAGCCAGGGCGAGGUGACGAGCCAGAGCUGAAACGGGUCAGGGCGGACGUUCAGGCAGGUGAAGGACAGGGUCCUGAGAAUGGGCCUGCGUCGGGUCCUAGACCCGUGCCGGUGCGAGACGAGUUCGACGCGGCGCUCGACGACGACGCGCUGUUCGACGAGUUCGACCUCAGCGCCAUACCCUAA